CCCACCGGCGCCGUCGACUCCUGGCUUGACUUGUACCCACCCACAGCCUCGACAUCAAACUCGAUUUCAACGCCUCGCAAACCUACGACCAACCCCAAGAUAGUAGCUCGAAUCGACGAGAUCCGUAAUGUCCUCGCCGACAUGAAGAUCACCAUGGCCAACCGCAAGUAUUUCCUCAAGCUAAACAAAUACGACAGUUGGUACUGCACGCACUGCACCCCCGGCAACGUAAUCGGCGCGUGCGGCCAUACAUGUCCGCUUCUCCGUCCUCGCGAUAAGAUGUAUAAUCCGCCCAUUACAAAUGGAUGGGUGCAACGUGCCACUGCCGACUGUGCAGCCUACCAAGAGAUUGUAGACGACAUGGACGCGAGGGGCAACCAGGUGUACGCAGCUACAGUAAGCAGGUGGGAGCGUGCUGUUGAGAAGUUGAGGCUUAGUGGGCGUACGGAGGCGGAGCGGCAUGCAGAUUUGAACUGGUCGCAGGUUCCGCGCGUGAAUACCCGAGCUGGUUUCAAGCCGGGCUGGGGCUUUGAGGAGCACUGGGGUAAGGGGCCAGCGGCGUGUGAUGAGAUUGCUCCGGAU